GACAUAACAUUUCACCUUUGACAGCUGUUCCGGUAUAAAAAAAUACGAUAAAUUUAAACAAGUAAUUAAGCAAAAUUGCGAAGUUAAUAAGAGUUUUCACACCUCUAAGAAGAAUGGCUUCAGCAAUAAUUCCACAAGUAAAAGAUGUAGAUAUCGAUCCGUCAGGAGUAUUCAAAUACAUCCUUAUAAAACUCAGCAGCCAGACCCCCGAUGGAAAACUCGAUGAUAAGCUCAUUGUUCGUGGGUAUGCUGAUUGUCCUUUCCACGCUGAUAUUAACGAUCAAGUUACUUCUGAUCUGCAGAAACUGAAAUCGAGUAAGAUAAUAAACGAUUGGAGAACCAAGGUGUUGGGUGGAGGACGAAUUCAGCACGAUCCUGAUGUGAAGAAGAUAUUGGUAUACGGAUAUUCUCAAGGUUAUGGAAAAGCUGAUCAUCAGUUAACAGUGGAUAUUUUAAAAACUGCUUAUCCUGAUUAUAAUAUUACUUAUUCCGAUGAAGGAUACUAGGAAUUACGUUUAAUUUAGCUGACAUUUGAAUUAUAAUAAAUAUUUAAUUUGUAUUUUAAUGUGGCAUUGAACUGAAUUAUAUAAGUUUAAAAAGA